AUGUACGGCUGCAACGGCAGCGGGGCCGGCGCCGCGCCACGGCUGCACGAACGCGUCUUCCCGCUGAUGCUGAGCAAGAACGCCCCCGACAAGGGCCGCUCGGCCUUGCAUGGUGGCCAAGCGCGGGGCUGUCUCCGUGUCUUAAAGGUGGGAUACGAGCCUCUUCCGCCAACUCUGGGAAGGAAUAUUUUUGGACGACAGGUUUACCAGCUGCCGGGUCUCUUUGCUUAUGCCAAACACAUUGUGAAGGUAGAUGGAAGAGCAGGACUCUUCAAAGGCCUGACCCCCCGACUCUGCUCCGGAGCCAUCGGCACCAUUGUGCACAGCAAAGUGCUGCAGCGGUAUCAGGAGGCUGAGCAGGCUGAGCGCAGCCCUGCCGCCUGCCCUCGCCCGCCCUUGCUCUCUCCGUUUGACAGCCUUUUUCUCCUCCAGACCUCCCGAGAGAUGGUUGCUCGCUCCGCCGCAACGCUCAUCACCCACCCAUUUCAUGUGAUCACCCUGAGAUGUAUGGUGCAGUUCAUCGGCAGGGAGACCAAGUACAGUGGGACACUAAGCGCCUUCGCCACGAUUUACCGAGAAGAGGGCAUCCUGGGAUUCUUCGCGGGCCUCAUCCCCCGGCUUCUUGGAGACAUCCUUUCGCUGUGGCUCUGCAACAUGCUGGCCUACCUCAUCAACACAUACGCCCUGGAGAACGGGGUCUCAACCAUGACUGAGAUGAAGAGCUACUCACAGGCCGUGACUGGAUUCUUUGCUAGCAUGCUGACGUACCCCUUCGUGCUGGUCUCCAACCUGAUGGCCAUUAAUAAUUGUGGGCUAGCUGGGGGCCUCCUCCCCUACGCACCCACCUACUCGUCUUGGCUGGACUGCUGGAGCCAGCUGCGCAAGGAGGGCAACAUGAGCCGAGGGAACAGCCUGUUUUUCCGCAAGGUGCCCACAGGGAAGCGAUAUGUGUGGGAGGAGAGGAGAUUUCGCUGAAGCUGGAGCUGAGAGUGGAGUCCCAGAGCUGAUGCUGGGCUCCAGACACGCAGAAUCAUGAGAGAGUGGUGAUUUCUAUACAGAUUUUUUUUUUUUUAAUCAUUUAAUCCUGAGAGACAAA